AUGUUAAACGAUCUUCGCGCAGAAUUUACUCGCUGGCAGAACGAGCACGCCUCAAGGCCUCCUCCCGAUCAUACCGCUUCAUUAUUGCGGACACCCUUGACGGCGGAGAUCAUGGCUCAACCCUACCUACUUGAUUUGCGAAUCCCCGGAAACAAAGAAUAUGACGGCCGGACAGACCCGGAGGUGCACGUCAACACUUACUAUGGAAAUAUGAUGAUGAUGGGAGCGACUGACGUCGUGAUGUGCCGAGCCUUCUACUCGACGCUUUCUAGUCGAGCGGCCGAGUGGUUCAGGACCUUGCAACCGGGAUCCAUAUCUGAUUUCGCCAGUUUGGCGACCAAGUUCAUGCGAAAGAUUAUCACUUCCAAAGUUAUCCGGAAGCCUUACAUUUAUCUUGAGAGGGCUAAGCACCUAGAAGGAGAAAGCUUUACCGAAUUUCUAGUCAAGUGGAAGGCGGCGGUCAGGGAGGUCGAGCCAAUGGACGACCUGACGGCCAUUCACAUGUUGCACAUUUCUCUUCGAGCUGGUUAUCUAUACCAGGAUUUUAUACUCCAUCCGCCUGCUACUUAUGAAGAAGCCCUCCGUAGAGUGACGGAUUAUGCUAACGCUGGUGAGGCCAAUGCCGUCAAGAGAUCGCAAGAGGUUGGCACGUCAUCCCGAAAGCCUUCCGGUCGGGCGGAUCAUCGGUCGGGUGAAGAUCAUCCCCGACCCCGAACACGGCCGGGAGAGUUUAUGGCCUUAAACCGAUCUGCAGCGGAGGCCAUGCAAUACGCCCAGUCCUCUAAUCUUAUUCGUCUACCUCAUCCCGGGCUGGAUGGGAAGGAUAAGUCGAAACAUUGCGCUUAUCAUCGAUGUGCUAGGCAUGACACAGAGGAAUACACGCAUUUAAAGCAGCUGCUGGAAGAUUUACUCCAAUCGGGGAAGUUGGAUAAGUGUGUUGGCAGGAGAGAAAAGAAUAAAAAACCGGAUGCUUCCCAGGCUCGGGAAAGUUGCCCGGUCGCGAUCGUCGACUCCCGGGAAACCGGUAAGAGGCAAAAGAUAGAACUAAUAACCUUCUCUCUUAAAGACCAGCCGGAAAGUGGAGACAAUGGGAUGGAAUCCCUUGUUGUCACGAUUGAUAUUAUGGAAACCGAUGUCCAAAGAGUAAUGGUGGACAACCGGAGCAGUGUGAACGUCCUUUAUUUGGACGUGUUUGGGAAGCUAAAAUUGGACAAGCGAGAGCUGAUUCAGGUCGGCAUGCCCUUGUUAGGAUUUACCGGGACUACCAUUCGCCCUGAGGGAAAAAUCGUGCUCCCGGUUGAGCUUGGAACCCCACCAAGAUCAAUAAAGACAGAGUUGGAAUUUGUGGUGGUCAACCUUCAUUGUGUUCACAAUGUCAUCUUGGGCCGACCGACCAUUAUGAGGAUCGGCGGGAUCAUAUCAAUGCCUCACUUAUGCAUGAAGUUCCCAACCCUGGCCGGUGUUGGAGUUUUACGAGGUGACGUGCAAUCGGCGAGAAAAUGUUAA